AUGUUAUCAGUGGUUCCCAAAAAAUGAUCAAAUAUAACAAUGCUCAUUUAACGAACAAAUGUCAAAUAUCUAAAUGCACAUAGUGAUCGUUUUUAACGGAUUAAUUAAAAGUGACAAGUAAAUAAUAAUUAAUAGCUUAAAAAACGAAUCAUCCGUCGUUCCACAAAUAAUUCUUAUAAUUAGUUAAAUAAAGUUUGUUAAUAAAAGUUUUGGGAUUCCUUGCGCUUACGGCUAGUAUCAAUACGAGCAUGAGGGCGAAAAAAUGAUUGGGCGUCAUUUGUGUCGUUGAACAGCUAUUGGACAUCUGCUUUUGUUCUGUUGAGAACUAACGAUACGCCAAUUUUGGUUGGAUGCGCUAAUUUGAGCGGCAAAUUUAUUCGUUUGGAUUGAAUCCGAAUCGUGAGCAUAAUACAACCAUGUCCGUUUUCUUGGUGAAUCCGUCCACAGAAGAAGAAGAGGAAGACAAUCCGACCGAAGAUGAUCCCAACGCUAUUACAAUAUCCGUAGAAGAUAACAAUCAAACAUGCAAUGUGGCUGCCCUAAACCAAUUUUGGCCCAAAGCAAUCGAGGAAAUUAGAAAGAUUGGAACAUUAGACUUAAAAACACAAGCGUUACCACUAGCUAGAAUAAAAAAAGUGAUGAAAUUAGAUGACAAUGUAAAAAUGAUCAGUGCAGAGGCUCCAAUGUUGUUCUCAAAAGCUGCGGAAAUAUUUAUCAAUGAAUUGACUCUUCGCGCUUGGAUUCAUACCGAAGAUAACCGUCGACGGACGUUGCAAAGAAAUGAUAUUGCUAUGGCGAUCACCAAGUAUGACCAAUUUGAUUUUCUUAUUGACAUAGUGCCUAGAGAAGAAGCAAAAAUUGUCACAAAAGAAGUUAAGACAUCACUGAAUCCCGAACAAGUUCAGUAUUAUUUUCAACUUGCUCAACAACAGCAGCAACAACAGCAACAACAGCAACAACAUCAACAACAACAACAAACAAAUAAUGCAUCAGGGUCAAGUGCUGGACAGACAAUACAAAUCUUACAACCAGUGAACAAUCAAGUAGUAUCUUUAGGGAAUGGUACUCAAGAUCAAGUAAAUAUAGAAAAUAUUCCAAAUAAUACAUCAAAUAUUACAAGUACUUCAACCACUGUAACAGGAAGUCAGCCACAAGUUAUACAGUUACAAGGCAAUACUCAGGCAUUAAAUACAAACUCAAAUGGCGUACUUCAAUUAGUACAACAGGUUAUUACUCCAACUGGAGAAAUACAACAUAUACCUAUACAAAUUAACUCCCAUCAACUGCAAAUGCUUCGCAUGCAAAUUCAAAAUUCUCCUCAAUCUCAACAAGUUCAAGUGGUUCAGUCCCAACCUCAAAUCAUACAAGUGGCCUCACAAGCUAAUGGACCUACGCCAGUAUACAUAUCUCAACCAUCUAUUAAUCCAUCGUCAAGUCCAGAAUAAAUUAUUGUAAAUAAAAUUAAAUAAAAGUUAUAUAUUAUGUAAAAUAUUUAGUAAAUUGUUUGGUCAUUCAAAAUUAAAAUACACUAUUUAUUUAAAUCUUUGUU